ACGAGUCAGCUCCUCCCUAGUGUGUGUGAGUAAGGAAUUCGCAAACGGAGCAAGGAGCUGUGCAUCACAGAGCAAACGGCACAUCAGCCCCGGGACCGCAUUAACGCAUCUGGAUCCCCGGAGGACCCGAUAUAAUACGUCACCGAGGGAACGGAACCCUGCUCUGGAUGCAUCAUGUUUUCCUCCGUGAAGGCAUAUGAGGGCCAACAGUAUGCAGCCCUGAAGAAACAGUGCUUGCAGAAUAGGACACUUUUUGAGGACCCACUGUUCCCCACCGUCGAUGAAUCUCUCUUCUAUCAGGGAAACAGGAUUGGCAGGGUGCACUGGAAGAGGCCUAAGGAGCUGUGUAGUGACCCCCACCUGUUUGUGGAUGGCAUCAGUGCUCACGACCUGCACCAGGGACAGCUGGGAAACUGCUGGUUUGUGGCUGCCUGCUCCAGUCUAGCCUCCAGAGAAUCUUUAUGGCAGAAAGUCAUCCCGGACUGGAAGGAGCAGGAGUGGAACUCGGAGAAGCCCGAUUCCUACGCCGGGAUCUUCCACUUCCGCUUCUGGCGCUUCGGGGAGUGGGCGGAUGUCGUCAUAGACGACCGGCUGCCCACCGUCAACAACCAGCUGGUGUACUGCCACUCCAAUGACAGCAAUGAGUUCUGGAGUGCCCUGGUGGAGAAGGCGUAUGCCAAGGUGUAUGGCUGCUACGAGGCUCUGGAUGGGGGAAACACGGCCGACGCCCUGGUGGACUUCACAGGCGGCGUGUCGGAGCCCACGGACCUGCUGGAGGGUCAGUUCUCCCAGGACGAGGCCGCCCGCAACCAGCUGUUCGAGAGGGUCCUCAAGGUCCACAACCGAGACGGGCUCAUCAGCUGCUCCAUCAGAGCAACCUCCUCGGCGGACAUGGAGGCUCGGCUGGACUGUGGCCUGGUGAAAGGCCACGCCUACGCCGUGACAGACGUCAGGAGGGUACGCCUGGGCCAUGGGCUGCUGGCCUACUUCAAAUCGGAGAAGCUCACCAUGAUCCGUAUGAGGAACCCCUGGGGGGAGAGAGAGUGGAACGGGCCCUGGAGCGAUAGCUCUGAAGAGUGGCAGAAAGUGAGCGAGAGAGAGAGGGAGAAGCUGGGCGUCACAGUGCAGGAGGACGGAGAGUUCUGGAUGACCUUUGAGGAUUUCUGCCGUUACUUCACUGACCUUAUCCUGUGUCGACUCAUCAACACCUCCUACCUGAGCAUCCACAAGACCUGGGAGGAGGCGGUGAUGCGGGGGUCGUGGGUUCACCAGGACGACCCGCUGAGGAACCGCUCUGGGGGCUGCACCAACCACAAAGCCUCCUUCCUGCAGAAUCCCCAGUACGUGUUUGACGUGAAGAAAGCCGAGGAUGAGGUUCUGAUCUGCCUGCAGCAGAAGGACCGCCGUGCCCGGCCCAAAGAAGGGAAGGGGGAGAACCUGGCCAUCGGAUUCGACAUCCACCGGGUGGAGUUGAACAGGAAGUACCGUAUGCACAUGGUGCAGCAGAAGGUGGGAGGCUCUGUCUACAUCAACUCCCGCUGCGUGUUCCUGAGGAAGGACCUGAAGGAGGGGCGCUACGUCAUCAUCCCCACCACCUUCGACCCUGGCCUGCAGGGCGAAUUCCUGCUCCGGGUCUUCACCGACGUGCCUGCGGACUGCAAAGAGCUGACCCUGGACGAGCCGCCCCAGACCUGCUGGACCGGGAUGUGUGGAUACCCCCUCCUGGUGACACAGGUGCACGUGAUGGCCGCAGUGGGGCUGCAGGGCCAGGACUCAAACGGAGCCUCAGACCCUUAUGUUAUCAUCAGCUGUGAGGGGCAGAAGGUGCGCUCUCCGGUCCACAAAAACAACUGUAACCCAGAGUUCGACACCAAAGGGGUCUUCUACAGGAGGAAAUCGAAGGGAGGCGUUCACAUUGAGGUCUACAAUAAGAACGUGGGCCAUGACUCCUUCCUGGGUCAGGUGACCCUGUCCAGUGAACCCAGCGACCUCCAGCAGCACACCAUCCACCUGCGAGACAAGGGGAAUCGCCAGAGCAACGACCUGCCAGGCACGCUGACCGUCCGCAUCAUCACCUCCAACACGCUGACCGAAAUCUGAGCCCCACGCAGCCCCACAGGAUGUAUAUGUGCUGUAUAUUCUCUCUAUAUAAUCUCUCUAAAUACAGUAUAUUACGAGGGCUGAGCUUGGAGCGUCUCCUCUGUGUUCCUGAGCUCACAAGCUGCUCUCACACAUGACUCGUUCUCUUGGCCCCUCUCUCUCCCUUUGGGUCCCCUGUUCUGUCAUCAGAUGGGGCACCCCUCCCUUAAUUGCCCAAUGAACAGCUGAAAUUACUGACCCUGAAAAAUGAAGUAAAGCAGUAUCUCUUCCUACGCAAGUCUUUGAGUGAUUGGCCCCGUCUGUCCCUGUACUGACACAGAGAGCCGUGUUUGAAGACUGAGCCUGGGGCCACUUCUUUCAAACGGCUUGAUGAUUCGUGUCAGUUUGCUCAGUAGCAUCUGCUUCCUUUACUCCUUUGCCAAGUCGGACCUUUUCGUCCUGCCUGCCGCUGAACUGUUUACGGGACCAACGCCGGCCGCCUGCGUCUGCCUCGUGUCUGCAAAGUGCCCCCUUUGGGUCUCCCUAGCCCCUCGCCGCUGUCGCCCUGUGGGGGCUGCUGACCCUCGGUGAUGCAGAGGAAGUGAGGCACAGGAAAUGGAAAUGGUGCGGAGGAAGUCGUGCGGAGGAAACAGUGCCACACACAGGGCGGAACAGGAGAGUCUGCCUUACGGAGCGCAGCGUGUACAGAGCGUGUGGGGAGCCUCACAGAUCUCAGUAAUACGGAUGUGCCGGUCUGAGGGCGGGCGUCAGGCCUAGCUCCCUCCCCCCACGGAGCCUCGCCCGCCUCCGUCAGGGCCUGUGUGCCAAGAGCUUUACAGGAAGAUGACGUAACUGAUUGAUAUCGACAGCAGCGGUGGCUGUAAGAGAGAAAGAGCUCAUAAAUUGCUUUUAAAUUAUACAGCCCCAGGGAAGUGCACGGGUGGUGCAGCAGAAGAAAGUGCCAUACAGUCAGGACUGAACAUGGUGAAGUCCCGGCUGACUUAACGUUUACGUAACUCUCGGGUUUUACUGAAUGGUUGGGUGACCCGUGUCAUUCUAUGCUGAAUGCGUAUAGAAAGCACUGAGUGAAGAAGAUGGCAGUGAUGGUCUUACUGCCAUUACAAAACUGUCUUACCAACAAUGUGUAUCAUUUUCCCCUCAUCCACUCUGCUGCAUUUUGAUAUCUACACUGAGCAUCUUGCCCCUGUGUCUCUCAGUGUCAUUUCUUUCUUGUUUCUUUUAUUUAAACAGUGGCUGCGUCUGUGCCGGUUUUUGCUCUGCUCCACUUGUAUGUGCUACUGAGCGUGUGCAGUACAGAGAGCCUGAGUGACAGGAGCUGAAGCAGGGACCAGGCUUAAUGUGUCUCAGGUGUGAUGUGCCAGUGGGAACAAUGCAGGCCUGUUCAGGCCCGGAGACAGGGAGUUCUGUUCUGCUUCAGCUAGGGUUUCUUCACUUCAGAAGUUCAUUCGGACGGAUUAACAUGCGCUUUCUUUGUUCAAAAAGACAAAAAUAAUUAACUUUCUCUUCAUAGCACAAGUCUUCUGUGGGCUAUUCAGUCAAGCAAUGAAUGUGCUGAGUUGAAUGAAGAAGAAACAUUUCAGUGAUUUGUUUUGCUAGAGUACAUUCAUUCAUUCAUUCAUUCAUUCAGUCAUUUACUAAAUCCAUUUAUCUGAACAUUUCUUAAUCUCAUUUCAAACCAUGUUAAAUUCCAAUUCAAAAAGCGCACUUUGAGUCAUAAUUUAUAUGCCAAAGCAGUAAUUGUGCAAUUUUAUCAGUGAACCGAUACAUUCAUGGGGUUCAUUCUUCAUCUUCCCUAAUCUUCAACUGACAGGUUCUCCUGCUGUUUAUUUUAAAGAUUUUUUGAUACAAAUUUUACAAACGUCUCUGUGGCAAUCCCAUUGUGAAUAAGGAUAUGCUAAAUAUAAUGUUAUUGCAUGGUCAAGUAUUCAUACUGUACAUGUCUUCCUAAUAUGAAAGCAUAAACAUGAGCUACCACUUACUGCCAAGUGAAAAGUGUCCAUCGUACUUACCAAAGUGUUUGAGUGGUAAAACCAACUCUAUAGUGCUGCAAAGCAGCAAAUACGUGUAGAACAAAGAAAGAAUGAAUGCUUGUAGGCUUGACUGUUAAAAGUUGUAGAGGAAUGUGUUGCUUGUUUAAACUGUUAGGAAGGUUAGGAAGAUUUAAAGUUGAAAUUUUAAUCUAUGGAGGAUGACUGUCAUAAAAUCCUCGAUUUAUGUUUAUUUCUCUCGAGUCCUUAAAAAAUUGUUUUUCAUAAACAUUUGAGGAGGGUUGGCAAAUCCUGUUCCUGGAGAUCUACUGUCCUACAGAUUUUUACUCCAGCUCUAACAAAGCUAGAGAUUGUGUUAAUUAGUAGAAUCGGGUGUGCCAAAUUAGGGUUGAAAUUAAUACCUACAGAACGCUAGGUCUCCUGGACAGAAUUGGGCAGCCCUGCUGUUGAGUACUGAAGACAUUGUUUUGGAUUCAAAUGCUUUUCAAUGCUCUACUGAGCUUGUCUGGUGCAUUGAAGCCUAUUAAAUACUCUCAAAAAGUGCAAACCGGCCUGCUGGUCCUCUUGGCUGGCUCAAUUGCAUCAGGCAAGACGAAUCAAGCACAGAGAAGUAUUUGAAUCCAAAACAAUUACAUAUUUGACCCAAGUCUGAUUAAUUUUGAAACCAAUGUACUCAGCUUUCUGUUUUUUCAUUGUGCAUAUCUUUCACAAUGUCCCAAAUGCAUGACAUUUUAGGUGGUGUCGUAUCAAUAAUUGUCAGUUGUCUCCAAAGCUGUCUCUGCAAACUCUGCUUACAGUUCAUGCAACUACCUUAUAAAGUCACUUUCUGUCAAAUCAUGAUAUCUGAGCCAUUAGCAUACCAUCUGAGAACAUAGAGUAUGAAGUAUACCGUUUAAAUUGAUUGUUAAGGAAGGUUACAGUACAUCUCUUCAUGCCAGAUAUGAAUUUGUUCAUAUGAUAUAAAUGUAAUAAAAACAGCUAAAUUACAGUAUCUCUUUCUUGUAGCUUUACCCUGAUUGUUUACCUCAACCCUGAUGUAACUGCAUGAUUCAGUCUAUGGAAUGCGACCAAGGCCUUUUUAAUGCCUGUUUUUAAUCAAUAUUUUGUAUUUUUUCUGUUAAAUUUUUAAUAUCUAUGCUGGAUAUUGGUUUUGAAGGAAAUACAUCUACUCUUAAUAAAUCAAUCUGAAAAGAU